UCCCCCCCAACUCUUUGGCCACCUCCCACCCGUCCCGCAGUGCCUGCCCGCCCGUCGGCUCACGUGCACGCCAUGGCACUAUGCGUCCUAGCGUUCCUAGGCCUCCUAACUUCAGGUCUAACACAAGACCUGUAUCACACACAGCGUCCCGGCAACAGUAAGCUGGCUUCGUGUUACGAUUUCGAUGGGACGCCUCAGAGAUGCAUCCCCGAAUUCGUGAACGCUGCAUACGAGGUGCCCAUGGUAGCUACCAAUACCUGCGGCGACCGCGGCGAAACGCAGUUCUGCACGCAAACGGCUGCCGGGUCCUCGAGCAGUUUCAGGUCCUGCGAGACCUGCAAACCUGGGCAGUUCUCCAGCAGAUACCUCACCGAUGCGCAUUACGACUCGCACAAUGACGUCAUCACCUGGUGGCAGUCGGAGACCAUGAAGGAGCGAAUCCAGUACCCCAAUCAGGUCAAUCUGACGCUGCAUUUAGGCAAGUCCUACGACAUCACAUACAUCCGUAUCGUAUUCUACUCGCCGCGGCCGCAGAGCUUCGCCAUCUAUCGGCGCGCCAGUGAAAACUCAGAGUGGGAACCGUAUCAGUACUUCAGUGCCUCCUGCCGGGACAUGUACGGUGUACAAGAGCAAAGAGAAGCCGACCUGCAAGCGGAAACAAGAGCCCUCUGUACCAGUGAAUAUUCCGACAUUGCCCCGCUUUCUGGAGGCAACGUGCUGUUCUCAACUCUGGAGGGAAGACCGUCGGCUUACACUUUCGACAGCAGUCCUGAACUACAGGAAUGGGUAACGGCGACCGACAUCCGCAUCUCCCUGGACCGCUUGAACACGUUCGGAGACGAGAUCUUCGGGGACAGCUCCGUGCUGCAGUCGUACUGGUACGCCAUCGCCGACGUGGCCGUUGGUGCUAGGUGCACGUGCAACGGACACGCUUCUAUCUGCGACCGGCAGAAUGGUGUAAUGGCCUGCAGAUGUGAGCACAACACGGCUGGUCGUUCCUGCGAGCGCUGCAGAGAUUCUUACAAUGACGCGCCGUGGGGCAGGGCCACCACUACCAACGUGUUUGAGUGCAAGGCCUGCAACUGCAACGGGUUCUCCAACAAAUGCUACUUUGACAAGGACCUAUACGAACACACUGGGCACGGCGGGCACUGCAUAGAAUGCGCUGAGAACAGAGAUGGGCCGAACUGUGAGAGGUGCAGAGAGAACUACUUCUCGUCGCAGGGCGAUAUAUGUCUGCCUUGCAACUGUGAUGCUACUGGUUCCCGCAGCCUGCAAUGCAACGCCGAAGGCAAGUGCCAGUGCAAGCCCGGGGUGACCGGCGACAAAUGCGACGCAUGCGCACCCAACCACUACGACUUCACUGCGCUAGGCUGCAAACCUUGCGACUGCAAUGAUGCUGGCAGUUUUGGCAACAUGCCACAGUGCGACCCGGUCACUGGCGUUUGUCAGUGCAAGCAGAAUGUUGAAGGCAGGAGAUGUCGCGAGUGUAAACCGGGUUUCUUCAACCUGGACCUCGACAAUGAAUUCGGCUGCACCCCCUGCUUCUGCUUCGGCCAUUCAUCCCAGUGCAACUCAGCGCCGAAAUACCAGUCGUACGAACUGAGCGCACAUUUCCUCAGAGACUCGGAGAAGUGGAGCGCUGAGACGGAUAAGCGGGAGCCGGCUGCGUUGCAGUUUAACGCUAACACUCAGAAUAUUGAAGUCCGUUCAUCAGGCCAGGAAACGGUCUACUUCCUCGCCUCCAACCAGUUCUUGGGCGACCAGCGUCCCUCGUACAACCACAAGCUUAAGUUCACACUCCGCCUGGGUGAAAGUAGGGGGUAUCCGUCGGCCCAGGAUAUAAUUCUGGAGGGGGCGCAGCAAUCCGUGGCUAUAAAUAUUUACGCGCAGAAUAAUCCGGAACCUUCUGAUCAAGCUCAAGAAUUUUCCUUCAUACUCCACGAGGACCCUCGGUACGGCUGGACACCAACUCUUCACAACUUCGACUUCAUGUCCAUUCUGCAGAACCUCACGGCCAUCAAGAUUAGGGGCACGUUCAAUAGGAACGGGGUCGGGUAUCUGAUGAAUGUCAAGCUUGAGACUGCCAAGGUCGGCCGCGAGAAAGGCCUAGGCCCAGCCAACUGGGUAGAAAAAUGCAGCUGCCCCGCCGCGUACGUCGGUGACUACUGCGAGGAAUGCGCCCCGGGGUACCGGCAUGAACCAGCCAAUGGCGGCCCUUACUCCACCUGUAUACCCUGCGACUGUAACAAGCACGCACACAUCUGUGACACCGCUACUGGGUUCUGCAUCUGUAAGCACAACACCGCCGGUAGCAACUGCGAGCGAUGCGCCAAGGGUUACUAUGGCAACGCGAUCGCGGGCACACCGGACGAUUGCAAACCCUGCCCCUGCCCUAAGAGCAGUGGGUGCGUGCAGUUGGCUGACCAAAGCAUCUGGUGCACGGACUGCCCUAAUGGUUACGCUGGACCAAGAUGUGAAGUGUGUGCCGACGGCCAUUUCGGCGACCCCACCGGCCAGUUCGGACCGGCUAAGGAGUGUGAAGAGUGCCAAUGCAACGGCAAUGUGGACCCGAAUGCUGUCGGCAACUGCAACAGGACCACGGGAGAGUGCCUCAAGUGUAUUUAUAACACUGCUGGGGAACACUGUGACAAGUGUUUGGCCGGUUUCUUCGGCGACGCCCUGGACCCGACAAAGAAGGGAGACUGCAAGCCCUGCGAGUGCGACGAGCACGGCACUAUCGAGAGCACAGACGGUGCUCCUCAGUGCGAUGGUCUGACUGGCUACUGUUCCUGCAGGCCUCAUGUGAUUGGCCGACAGUGUGAUAAAUGCGAGGACGGCUACUAUAACAUAAGAUCGGGAGAAGGCUGCAGGUCUUGCGAAUGUAAUCUAGAAGGAUCCUACAAUUCCACGUGCAACCCUUACACUGGCCAGUGUUACUGCAAGCCGGGCAUUGAUGGAUUAACCUGUGACCGCUGCCGCGAGUACCACUACGGUUUUUCAGCCGAGGGCUGCCAGGACUGCGACUGUGACGAGUGGGGCUCCACCAACUACCAGUGUAACGCCGACGGACAGUGCGAGUGUCAGGAGAACGUUGAAGGACGGCGGUGUGACAGAUGUAUGGAGAACAAGAAGAAGCGUGCCGACGGGCAGGGUUGCGAGAGCUGCCCGCACUGCUACAACCUCGUGCAGGACGCUGUUACUCUGCACCGGAGGGAACUCAACGAGCUUGAUGAGAUCCUCUCGAAAAUCUCCAAAGCGCCAACAGUAGUCGAAAACGCGGACUUCGACAAGCAGCUGCAGCGGGUCAGGGAGGAUAUUCAGCGUCUGAGCGAAGAAACCAAGUCCCAGCUUGAAGGAGGAGACGCCAGCCUCACUGACACGCUUGCUGAUCUCUCUGAGAGACUUCAUGAUGUCGAAGACAUGCUGGUAAAGAUAGAGCGUCUGAGCGACGAAGGCAACGAAUCUGUGGACAGGAGCAAAGGCAACGUGUCUAAAGCCAAAGACACCAUCGAGGCGGCUCAAAAAGAGAUCAAUAGUGCCCUAGAAUACCUCGACGGCGAAGGUGCCUCAGCGCUCCUCAAGGCCCGCAAUCGCUCCGACCAGUUCGGCAAACAGUCCGUCGAGAUGUCGGCCCUGGCCAAGGAAUCGCGGCUGUUGGCCGACAAGUUGGAGAACGAGGCGCACAACAUCAGGGACAUAGCUGAGAAGGCCUUCAAUACGUCCAUCGCGGCGAAUAAUCUGGCUAAGGACGGGAUGACUAAACAGGCUAACAUUAGCAACGAAGUCCAAAUCCUCUCCAACGAUCUGAACGCCGCAUCAGGCAAGCUGAACAGCAUGACCGAGCACGCGGACGCGGCGUUGAAGCGAGCCAAGGCAGUCUACGAUGAGGCUUUGGGGCUGUACGCUGAAGUUAACACCACGCUGCUGCCGGAUAUCAAGCUGGCCAAGCUGAAACAGGAUGCCACUGAAAUGAAUAAGACGAUCGACCAAAGAUCAGCAGACCUGGACAGCCUGAUAUCAGCCAACCGGGACAUGCUGCAGAGCCUCGAAGACGCCAUCAAGAGCGGCAAGGACCUCCAUUACCAAGGCCAGCACCGGCAAGAUGAGCUGAGCGAACUGCUGGCCAGGCUGGAUGAACUGCAGGCGCAGGCCACGAGUGACGUCAACCUGGCUAACGUCACGCUCAAGGAGGCUAAUGAGAUAUACCAGACGUUGAAAGAAUUCAGCGACCAAGUGGCUGAAUCCCGCCAGCAAGCCGAACAGGCCAGACUCGACAUCCCAGCCAUUCAGGACAAGGUUGCCUCGGCCGAGGCAACCAUUAACAGCAUAGCCGAGGCACUCGGCGAGGCAUCCAACAAAGCUAAAGAAGCCAGGGACCUCGCUCAACUCGCUCAGAAGGAUUACGCUGAGAAAGCUAGCGAGGCCGCUCACGAAAUAAGGAAAAAGGCUUCCACCUCCAGAUUUGACGCCGGGAAACUCAGAGACGAGGUCGAGAAACUGUCGACCCGAGUGGAAGGCGCGGCCAAGCGGCUGGCCGACCUUGAGAAGCUAGCAGAAGAGAACCUACAGCUCACCAGAGAUGCCAAGAUGAAGGUCGGUCAAGCCAACACAGACGCCAGGGAGGCUGAAAAGCAGGUCAACAAAGGUAUCGCUGACCUUGAGGUCAUCAAGGACGAGCUAAGGAACCUUCCGACCCUGGACAGCGAAGCUUUGGACCGGCUGGAGGAGAACUUAAUCACGGUGCAGACAGAACUGGAGGCGUUAGACCUGGAAAGAAAUAUAAAGGAUUUGAAAGAAGCCAAGCAGAACCAUCUGAGAUGGCUGGACCAAUACAGAAGCGAGCGUGACUCGCUCCGCCUCGAGGUGCAGAACGUGAGGGAGAUUCUCGACCAGCUGCCCGAGGGGUGCUUCAAGAGAAUUGUGCUCGAACCCACCGAGGGGCCGAAAAGGGCCUCCUACAGCUAG